AAGACACAAAAUUACGCUACCUCUCUAUCUCUCUCUUCGCAUCUAAGCAACAAAAAAAAGAAAAGAAAAGAAAAGCAAAACCAGAAAACCAUUCGUCCAUUCGUAGAUCGAGUCCGUUUCUCUUUAGCUCUGAGGUUAUCGAAACGGCGAUGGGCCAGCAAUCGUUGAUCUACAGCUUUGUGGCGAGAGGGACGGUGAUCCUGGCCGAGUUCACGGAGUUCACCGGAAACUUCACGACAAUUGCCGCCCAGUGCCUCCAGAAACUCCCGGCCUCCAACAACAGGUUCACCUACAACUGCGAUGGCCACACCUUCAAUUACCUCGUCGACAACGGCUUCACUUACUGUGUGGUUGCGGUUGAGUCUGUUGGGCGACAGAUUCCAAUUGCCUACCUUGAGCGUGUCAAGGAUGAUUUUACCAAGAGAUAUGGUGGAGGAAAAGCUGCAACAGCAGUUGCCAAUAGCCUCAACAAAGAGUUUGGACCCAAAUUGAAGGAGCAGAUGCAGUAUUGUGUAGAUCAUCCAGAGGAGAUCAGCAAGCUGGCUAAAGUAAAAGCUCAGGUUUCAGAAGUGAAAGGAGUUAUGAUGGAAAAUAUAGAGAAGGUUCUCGACCGUGGAGAGAAGAUUGAGCUGCUUGUGGAUAAAACAGAGAACCUUCGUUCUCAGGCACAAGAUUUCAGGCAGCAAGGAACCAAGAUGAGGAGAAAGAUGUGGUUGCAGAACAUGAAGAUAAAGCUGAUAGUUCUCGGUAUCAUAAUCGCCCUGAUUCUCAUCAUAAUUCUAUCUGUUUGCGGCGGUUUCAAAUGCGGUCACUAGUGGAAUGAUGCUUUGCGAUUUUACUAGUGCUGGUUUACCUAUAGCUUUUUUGGUCACACGUUCCACUUUCCUACUAUAUAUUAUAAGAUGUCGCUUUGUAUAGUCUGUAUCCUUGAAUUCUUUUGAGACUAAUUUGCCGCAUGAUGUGUGUUAAGCUUGUCAUUCAUCUGUUACAUGACACUUCUGGUUGAGGAAAUUCAUUUUAGUGUUGAGGUUGCUUUUCCAUCUUAA